UUUAAGGUGUUUUGAGGUCCGUUGAUGCUCUAACACGUGAACCACCCCUCUUAGCUUAACUCAUCAACCCCAAAAGCAAAAAACUGAUCAUUCUAUUCUUCCUAUAAAAUUUUGCGAAUUAAUUGUCGUUCAAACACACACACACACACACACACUGACAUAGACAUCCUUUUUUUAUUACCAGCUUUUGUUGGUUUAGUAUUUUUGUUGAGAGCUAUAAAAAAGUAGUAUUUGGUCCAAGUCAAUUCUGCUGAAAACCUCUUCUCCUCUUUUGAUCAUCGGGAGAAUUUUCUACAGACCUUUCAGCUCCGAAGAACAGCUUGAAUGGGUACACAUAAGGAAGAUGUGACAGAUGAAGUUUCCUCUGAAAAAUUACAGCAGAAACAGGACCUUGACACUGUUACUUACAGAUCAGAGUUGAAAGAGAAAGGAAUCUGUGAGUCAAUGUCAGCUGAAGUUAUUUCUGGUGAACUACAGAAGAGGGUGAGCCCCGAUGCUUUGGAAAAGUCAUCACAAAGUAAUCAAGAUGAAAAUGCACUUUCUACGACAUGCCAAGAAGUAUCGGGUGAAGUCAAGCCAAAGAAGAGUGUCAUUGAAGGGAUUGAAAAAUUUCAGCAGAAACCGGACCCUGACACUGUCACCAACAGAUCAGAGUCAAAAGAGAAAGGAACCUGUGAUUCAGUUUCAGCUAAAGUUGUUUCUGAUGAACUACUUAAGGGACUGAGCCCCGAUUCUUUGGCAAAGGCAUCAGAAUCUAGUCGAGUUUCUGUUCUACCAAAGAAGGAACCAUACAUAAAAUCUUGUGAAUCAGAUCCUCCUGUAAAAGACAGAAACGUUUCCUUAGUACCUGGGAAAGCUUCAGAUUCUUCACAAAAUAUACAACGUGAGAAAAUGGAAGUUGUUGUAUCUCAACCUAAUCAAGAACAAGUAACUUAUUCCACAAGGCCUGAAAAAGCUUUGGAUAAGUUGCAACCAAGGCGGAACCUUGAUAUGAAUGUCCAGGCUUUGCCAUCUGAUCAAGAAAUCAUUCCUUUCAGAUCACCUGAAAAACCAUCUGAAGAUGGAUAUAACUGGCGAAAAUAUGGUCAGAAACUUGUUAGAGGAAAUGAGUUUACUCGGAGUUAUUACAAAUGCACGUCUCCUAAUUGUCUUGCAAAAAAGCAAGUGGAGAGAUCACAUGAUGGGCAUAUUACCAAUAUCCACUAUAUCGCAAAGCAUGAACAUCCAAAACCUUUAAAUAGUCCCCAAAUCUCCCCCGAGUUUGUAGUGCCUAUGCAAAUGAAACAAACAGACAUGCCAAUGGGAACACCACGAGAAGCUGAAGGUAAGAAAUCUAUUGUAAUUGGUCAAACAUGUCAAUCUAUCGAACCAUCGGAGAGCUCGCUUUCAACGGCUAUUGUACCAGCUGGUGAUAGCGCAACAGAUACAGUUAUGAAGCCACACAAAUCAGGAGAUGAGGCUGAUAAUAGUGGUGGUCCGGACCCAAAGAGACAGAAGAGAGAAGUACCUAGAAGUGAUGAGAUUCCACCUAUUAAGUCUCAUAGUGAACCACAACAUAUUGUUCAAACAAGGAGUGAAGUGGAUAUAGUCAAUGAUGGUUAUCGGUGGCGCAAAUAUGGGCAAAAACUGGUAAAAGGAAAUCCAAAUCCUAGAACCAUAUGGAACUGUACGUUCAUCUAAAUUUGUUUGUUUAUUGACUAAAAGCAACUGUAUCUCAUUUACAGAAAAAACGACUUGAGCUAUUAUUCUUCUAUUUCUGUAAAAAAUUUAAUACAGAUAUUAUUGCGGAGUUUGGUCAAGAAAAGUAUAUACGAUCAACUAUGUAUCAAUUACAAACUAGUUGGGAUUGGUUAUAUGUAUUUUCUGUAUCCAUAACGCUCCAUUUGGGCUAGUACUAAACAAUUUGUCUACUCUUUCCUUGUUGGUUCGUUUUGAUUGCUUACUCACUUGAUGUUGACUAGUUUUACAAGUUGAACUUCUCAUCUUCCGAUAACAUGUCCCCUUCCUGUCAAAAGUGAUGUUUAUUUCUGAAAGUGAGAUUGGAGGAUAUAAAUAGUCACUUUACGAUCAUAUCUUGCGAGGUAAUCCAAGUAUGAAACAUUAGACCUAGUUAAUCCGAUUAAGAGAGAAAAAGGAAAACACUAAUAUAUAGCUGAUAUGGUCAGUUUUAUGUUUCUCUUGCCCCCCGACUCUAUUUUUCAACGAGCAUGUUUGUUGGUUCUUGAUAAAAGAAAUUAAGGGAAAUAACUGGGAAGA